AUGAUUCCGAGCUGUUUAAUCGUUCUCGAAGCCUUUCCAGGUAUGUCGCCACCGAAGUCACCCGAGGUAAUACAAGAAGAUUAUUAUGAGCUUCUGGGCGUUGAGAAGAAAUCAAGCGAGUCAGAAAUCAAAGCAGCUUAUCGGAAGUUAGCUCUCAAAUAUCAUCCCGAUCGAAAUCCUGGGGAUGUGCACGCUCAGGAACAGUUCAAAAAGAUCUCCAUAGCCUACUCUGUUCUCAGCGAUCCCAAUAAACGCAGACAAUACGAUGUAAGUGGACCAAGCUCUAGCCAGUUGGACUUCGAAGGCUUUGAUGUGUCCGAACUUGGAGGAGUAGGUCGCGUAUUUGGUGCUCUUUUCAAUAAACUGGGAGUUCCGAUUCCUACUCAAAUUGUACCAAAGGUACUGGCCCAAGCUCGUCAACUUUGCGAGGGGUCACCCUGUGAUGUUGAAGCCCGACCAAUUGCUCCUGGUGAGAGCAUUUCAGCUAAUAUUGCGAAGCAGGAAGGAGCGUUUUAUAGUAUUGAAAUGAAGGAAGAGUACCGACAACACGGUAUUUGUAUCGUUUGCAAAUCAUCUUCGUCAAGCAAGUUCAAACUUGUUCUCUUUGACAAGGAAGGCGGUGUUCGAUUAAUUCAGGAAAGCCAGAAGAAGAAGUCAGCAGGCACCCAAGCAGAAAUGUUUUUCGUACCGUUCACUAUAGCUAAUCUAGGAGAAUUUGUACCGUUGAAGUUCCAUAUGGAAGACAGGGACACACCACUGGCGUUUCACUAUUUGGAUACCCUCGAAACUCAAGUCGCGCACUUACUUGACACGAGGAAACAUAUCCUUUGUGUAUACGGAGAUAACUGGUUGAAUGCAGUAAAGUACACUAUUACGUUUAUGCCAAUUUCUGGCGAAAGUAUGGGUCCGUUUGAGGAAAUUAUCGAGUUGGAAAAGACAUUGCUUGCAAAGAAAACGGAGAUGGCGAAAUUCCAGACAGAAUACGCGGAUGCCAAGAAAAAAUUCGAAGAAGCUGUGGAAAGGCUGAAACGAGAGGAUAAGGAAAUUCAGGAGAAAUUGAAAGCUCGAGAAAAAGCUUAUGAAGAAGUGAUAGCUGCUAGUCAAGCGAAGUAUAUAAUGCAUGUUUCGCCGUCCAAGUCAGGGAGAUCGUUCUUUGGAAUAUUCUAG